ACUACGCACAGAGUAGUGACGCCACAAACCCAGCACGCUCAGGGAAUCGCCCCGGAAUUACCCCGGACAAGGAGAAUAACAGACCGAACUGAAUUAAUUCACAUGUUCCUGAGAAUUCAUAUUAGCGGCAAGAAAACUAAAGAUUUGGACUAGGAAUAAAAAGAUGAGCAGCGGUCUCUAUGAGAGUCCAAGCCUUUGACCGGAUUGCUGCGCUGUUCUCCCGUCAGUCGUGAUUCACGGGAACCUUAUUACUGUGCGACUAACGAUGUUAACGGUGGUCUAAUUUAGAGAUGGUAUAUGCGACAAAUGAGGUAUUCUAGUAGACGGUUUAAAAUAUUAUACGUAAAAUAUGUUUUAACGAGACGAGAAGCAGGGUGCGUUGUUUGUUUUGCUGCACGACCAGUCUCCUAUAUCUCUUCAGGCUGUCAUGGCGUCUAGGAGGUGACCUCCAGUAACCCUGCUCCCUCUUGACCACAUCUCUAAUCCCUGGCUGGUCCAGCAACUUCCUGAGAAGGUCGGGAGGCAGAGAGAAGAUUAUCAAACUAGACAAGGAGCAGAGGAACACAGAGAGAGCAGACGCCUCUGCUAGAGACUGGAGGACGAGGCUGAAGAGCAGAUAUGGGAGAGGGCUGUGAGUACCAGCGCCUUCCCUAUGCCAGAGAUGAGGAGGACGAGGAGAAAGAGACAGACAGAACAGAGGGAGGGGCAGGCAAGAUGAUGCAGAUGCAGGCCGAGGAGGGGACAGAGUGGCUGGUGGAGCUGCUGGCAGACGUGCAGCUGCAGCAGUACUUCCUGCGUCUCCGCGACGAGCUCAACGUCACUCGGCUCUCCCACUUUGACUACGUCAAGAAUGAAGACCUGGAGAAGAUCGGCAUGGGGCGCCCAGGCCAGAGGAGGCUGUGGGAAGCAGUUAAAAGGAGGAGAGCUCUCUAUAAACGCAAGUCCUGGAUGAGCAAGUCUCUAUGUCUGGGUCAACAGGUGUUUCCAGGGAAACGACCCGACGCUGACCUCCAGCAGUCCCUCCCCCAUGGGGCCUCAUCCUCCCUCGCCCUGCCCACUGACGCAUCGCCACCCGGGGCAGCGCUGACCUGUCUGAUCAGGGAGGCGGAGCUUCAGAUGUUUGAGAGACUGGGAGACGGGACAUUUGGAGUGGUGAAGAGAGGAGAGUGGACCGGACCCAACGGACGAGUGUUGUCAGUGGCAGUGAAGUGUUUGAAGGGUGGCAUGCUGGACUCUGAGGGGCUGGAUGACUUCAUCCGUGAGGUAAACGCCAUGCACUCUCUCAGCCACCAGAACCUCAUCCGUCUGUACGGGGUGGUCCUCACCCAGCCCAUGAAGAUGGUGACAGAGCUGGCUCCUCUGGGGUCUCUGUUGGACCGUCUCAGGAAACGCCAAGGACACAUCCUGAUCUCCUCUCUCUGUGGCUACGCCGUGCAGGUGGCUUGUGGGAUGUCCUACUUGGAACAGAAGCGUUUCCUGCACAGAGACCUGGCUGCCAGGAACGUGCUACUGUCGACCAAUGACACGGUGAAGAUCGGAGACUUUGGCCUGAUGAGGGCGCUGCCCUCACACACAGACACAUACGUGAUGGAGGAGAGCCACAAGGUCCCUUUCGCCUGGUGUGCACCAGAGUCGUUGAAGACGCGGACCUUCUCCCAUGCCUCAGACACCUGGAUGUUUGGAGUGACCCUGUGGGAGAUGUUCACCCACGGCCAGGAGCCCUGGCUGGGCCUCAACGGCACCCAGAUCCUCCACAAGGUGGAUGUGGAGGCGGAGAGGCUGAGGAAACCAGAUGACUGUCCCCUGGAUGUGUACAACGUCAUGCUGCAGUGCUGGAGCCCCAAACCAGAGGACAGACCCACCUUCACCGCCCUGAGAGACUUCCUCCUGGAGAACAUGCCCACGGAAAUGCGAGCGCUGCAGGAUUUCGACGAGCCGGAGAAACUCCAGAUCAACGUGAACGACGUCCUCACCAUCAUCGAGGGGAGGUCAGUGUGUGUGUGUGUUUGCAUGUUUGUCCGUUUGUGUGCGUGCGUGUACACGUAUACACACCCUCCCCAGCCGUUCCUCUCCCUCAGAGCGGAGCACUACUGGUGGAGGGGUCAGGACAGUCGGACUCUGCUGGUUGGUCAGUUCCCUCGUCAUGUGGUGACCUCCGUGGCCGGCCUGUCAGCCCGUGACAUCAGCAGGCCGCUCAAACACUCCUUCAUACACACCGGCCACGGAGACACCGACCCUCACCGGAGCUGGGGGCACGCCGACCGCAUCGACAGCCUGUACCUGGGGAACCCCAUGGACCCUCCUGAUAUCCUGGGAAUGGGGCCCUGCACAGUCAGGCCCACUAAACUCCCCAACCGUGCCAAGAAGCAGCCCCCCCCUCGUCCUCCACAGCCUGCUAUGCUGCUGAAGAAGCCCUUCUAUGACUCGGUGCUGGACGAUGAUGAUGAAGACUCCGGAGCCUCGUCAGGGCUGAAGAGGCUGGGCGUGUCCCUGGGCCUGAAGCUCCGCCCCUGGGAGGGGCCAGGCGUGAGGUCAGCCCGUAGCGAGGUCUCGCUCAUCGACUUCACUGACGACAGCUUCAGCUCGGCCACGCCCUCGCCGCUCACGGAGACACACCCACUGGACCAAGACACCCUUCAUGUGAGGAAGGACACUCCCUCCAUCCUGGACUGGCCCCUCCCACUUCCUGCCUAUGACGAGGUUGCGCAGGAGGACCAAGACCAAUCAGAGGACCAUGAGGUGCGCUCCAUCAACACGGGAUUGGCUGGGGAUACGCUGGCUCUACCCAGCGUCACAGGAGAGGGGAGAUACGAGUCUCAGUCAGCUGAUCUGUUCCAGGAGCUACAGAGAGAGGUGAUGGUGAAGCUGCAGGUUCCCAUGGCGACCGGACGCUCCCUCCCCUCCUCCCCCCUCCCCCUGGCCCCCGCCGCCCCCCACAGACAGAUCUACCUGCCCCCGACCUCCUACUCCUCCUCCUAUGACGACAGACCCGUCCUCCCGCCCCGCACCCCCGUGCCCCCCAUGCGCCCCUCCAAGAUCACGCCGCAGGCCUGGCCGCACCCUCGCACCAGCUCCAUCUCCCUGGGCGACCGGGAGAACACGCCCCCUCAGAUCCCGCCCCGGGACCACGCCCUCUCCCAGCCCGCUUCCCGCUCCUCCUCCCCUCUCCCCCUGGUGCCCCCCUUCUCUGUCUCCCCCCAGUCCUCCUCGCCUCUCUCCAUCCCUCCUCCCCCCCUCUCCAUCUCCCCCCGUCAGAGGGCCAGCCUCUGCUGUGUCGGCCCCCUCAGCUCCCUCCUCUCCUCCUCCCCCUCCUCCUCUCCACCGCCCUCCUCUCUGUCCUCCAGGCUCACGGUGGCCCCUCCCCCCAGCUCCUCAUUGGACCCCUUCUCGGAAGGCCGGGGCCUGUCGAUGUUGGUUGACGGCUCGCAGAGUUCAGUCCCCUCCCCUCUGCCCGAUCGCCCCGCCUACCUGGAGAGGUACGGAGCAAACAUGGCUGCCGUCAAGCCCAUGAUGCACCAGCAGCCAGGCAGCGCCAAGCCCAACUCCUCCUACAACAACAACAACGGAAGGACUACAGCUCCUAGCAUGCAACACAGCAUCACAGAGGUGCAGGAGGCUGUACAUGGUGUUACAGUGGAGGAGUGUGAAACUGCCCUUCAGAGCCACAAUGGAAAUAUCCCCCAGGCCGUGCGUCAUCUAAAGGUUCAACAGCUGUUUCGUCUGGGCUUGCGUUCACGGCUGGAGUGUCAGGAGGUUCUAGAAGGUUGCCAGUGGAACCUGGAACAGGCCAGCACCCUUGUACUGGAGUCAUACAGCCGGAACAGGCAAUGAAGACAUAGGACCAGAGCUGCAUCCUUCCCUGCACCAUCCAGGCUUCCCGUGGACCCCAGGACCUGCCCCCCCCACCCCCACCCACCCCCCCUGGCUCUGUGUGGUGGUCACACACGCAUGCUCUGCCUUACUUCCUGCGGACAACAACUGAAACAUUCAUAGGUUACCCUGAACACCCUGGACUUGAAACAUUGAUAUUUAUUCUUUGGAUAUUUAAGGAUUAUUUAUGUGGCCGCAAGUAGUUUCACCUCAGAGUGUGAUUAGUAGAGGAGCCUGCACUUUGUGUGUGUGUGUGUGUCUGUGUGUGUGUGUGCGUGUGUGCAUGUGAAAGAGAGAGAGAGAGACAGUGAGCAGUGUAAAUACCCAUGCCUUUUAACUGUUUUGAAUUGCUAAGAUCAGGGAUUAAUGAGAAGACGUACUGUUUUACACAGAGGUAAUUGUGUAAAAGUAUUUAGCCAUUUGGGAUACAUAGUGAUGCAGACAUUCACAAAGUAUUUCACUCCAAAAACACUACUGUACUGUAUAUGGGGUAGACAAUGGUGUAGUAAGGGUGAAGGUCUUCACAAUAAUGACGGAUUUCAUCUUCAGGAAUGUUAUCAUUAUUAUAUCAAAUCUUCUUAGAUGCUGCAUGUUAUUUAGAAUGUUUUAAGUUGGCAUGUAUAGCCACUAUUGGAUUGUAUAGAACAGUUUUGGAUGGAUGCUGUUUUGGAAUCAAAUGUCAAAAGACUACACUACUGAAGAAAAGGAAACAGAGUCUCUGAAUGGAAUAUAAAAACUGAAUACAUAUGGAGAAUGUCAAGUCAAGGACCUAUAGUGAUAAAUGAGCUUCUUUGUCCCAUGAUGCACCUGUGCUCCACACUUCAUAAUGGUAGUGUAUACCUAUUAGUAGGUGGGGAAAGAAAUCAGCAAAGUAUGAUUUAAAAAUCGAACCGGUGUUGAAAGUGGGUGAUCAUUCAUACAUACAUGCUAAAGCAAUCAUAUACCGUAAUAUAGAUCUUUCCUAUAUGGAAGGUCAAGCUAUCAUAGGGUGGUGAGUGUAUGUGUGUGUUUGUUAUACAAUGUGGUUGAUGGCAGAAUAGCAUAUCUCAUAGAAUGAGAUGCUAUUAAAUAAAUGUU